AUUAUACAACACUAUUUUAUUUGUGAAAAAUUCAUUCAUGAACAGAAUUCUUGAUUGUUAACAAAAUAUUAACCAAAAGUAAACAAAUUCAAUUACAAAAAUGGCAAAAAUAAGCAACAGUAUUAAAAAUGACUGUUUUAUAAAUGGAAUACAAUACACCUGUCGUACUUGCUUUGAUCCGGGACAAUCGGUUUACUCCCUUGCAGAUGAAUGCAGCAACUCAAAAACUUGGGCUGAUUUAUUGAAAGAUAUUGCACAGUUACAGACUAAUGAGGACGAGCAUCUGCCCAGGACUGUUUGUUGCAAAUGUUUGGAUAAGCUUAUAAGUUUCUAUGAUUUUAUACUUCAGAUACACAGUGUUAAUAAAAAAUAUUCUGAACUUUUGGCAUUUUGUAAGAAUCCUCAACAGCAGAGUUUCACUGUUAGUGAAAUUGAUAAUUUUACCGAUUGUUUAGCAGAGUCAGCAACAGCUUUGCCAUUGGAACUUUAUAUUCCUGAAAUAAAAUUAGAGGAGGAGCAGAUUGUUCCUUAUGAUUUGCAUGGGGAAGGUGAAGAAACCUUAAAAAAUGAAGACGCUCAUGAUCCUUUUACUGAAACAUGUAAAGAUGCUAUCAGUUCAAUGUCAUUGCAAUUUGAAGAAAUCCAAAGAGACAUAAUGGAACAAAAUUGUAAAAGUUCGGACAAUGAUGACAAAAAUGAAUACAGCUCCUCAUCAUCCGAUGAAGUGGAUUAUGUUCCUCAAAGGAAGAAAAAACAAAGUACGAAGAAGAUUAAGGUUCCUGUUAAAAGGCAAACAAUGGAACGAAAUAUAACGGAUUUGGAUUCAGAAAAUGAAUUAAUAGAAACAAAAUCUGAUCAAUAUAUAUGUGUUGUAUGUAAUAAAUCGUUUUUAAGUCAAAAAAAUUGUCUUCGCCAUAUAAAAGCAGUGCAUCCUCGACAGCAAGAAUCUAUAUUCUCCUCCUCCAGCGAAAGUGAUUUUGAGCCAUCAACUAACCAAGAAACCGAAAGAAAAAAAUCAUCGGAAAGUGAUAAAAUGAUACAAGUCAAAAAUCACUUUGUUUGCCUGAUAUGUAAAAAAACAUUUACAAUGCAAAAAAAUUGUCGUCGUCAUAUAAUUAUAAAACACUCACAAGACGGUGUAUUUCCAUGUGGAUUUUGUGAACAACAUUUCGUGUGUAAGGAUUAUUUGCAAGUACAUCUUAAACGUAUGCAUCCAGGUGAAACAUUGGAUUCAAAUACUAAACAUAUACAACGGAUAUUUGGAGAUCGUUUAUAUAGUAAACCAGCCGCUUGGUCUCUGGUAGAGUGUAAAUUAUGUGAAACAACAUUUGGUGCAACAAAAGAACUACGUCAACACUUAGAAAAUCACACAAAUAUAGAUACUUUAAGUAAUUUAGACUUGAACAGUAACAUUAUUCAGCAUUUGUUUCCUAAUAUGACAGAUUUAAUUACCAUCAAGGAGGGCAUAUGCAAAGAUUUACAAGAUAAAAAUUGGUUUAAAUAUUACACAGUGUUAAAUGACAACUUUUAUGAAAUGUCUAUUAGUGACACAGAAGCUGAAGAUUUGGAAGAAGAAUCUAAAAGGCAAAAUUUGAAAUACAAGUGUGAAUUGUGUGCUGCAGAGUUUUCUUAUAAAUACCAAGUUUUCGCCCAUUUGAAAGAGGCUCAUAACGAGGAAGAAAUUCCUUUAAAAUGUAGACGUUGCCAAUUGGAAUUUAUUUCCAUAAAAAUGUAUGAACACCACAAACAAACACAUUGUCGUAACAAACAUAAAGUUUUGCGUUGCACCAAUUGUCCGGCCAAGUUUGUUUGGCCGGAUAGUAUAAAAAAGCAUAACUGUGCUUCGAAACUACCAAAGAACACCAUAACUGGCAAUACAGAACUUAUAAAAUGUAAUGUAUGCGAUCUUGAAUUUGAAGAAAAGACUAAAUAUAAGGAGCAUUUAGAAACACACAGCAAUGCCAAGAUCUUAACAGCAAAAACUAUAAUACGUUGCGGUCUUUGUGCACUUUCCUUUGAAAAGCUACAAGAUUUGCGUCAACACAUGCCCUUGCAUGCCGAUGGCAGCACUGGCAUUGACUUUAAAGACUGUAUUUAUGUGAAAUACUUUGAAAACACGAAAAAAUUUGAUUUGUUACCACUACAGCUGCGUAUACAAAAUGCCUAUAGUAAAUCUCAAAUAAGUUGCUUUUACCAGGCCAUCGAUAAGUACGGCAAUGAACUGGACAUUUCCGAUUCAGAUAGUUUUACGGAGGACGACGAAGAAAGCGUAAAUUUGAAAAAACAACACAUGUGUGAUCUUUGUAAAGAAAUAUUUAAUACAAGAACACUUUUAUUAAAACACCAAAAAGAACGUCAUAAUAAUAUGACACUACCCUUCAAAUGUAAGGACUGUAAUGAACAAUAUGUAAGUCUUGAUUUAUUGCAACAACAUUUAAAGAGAAUUUGCUGGAACGAGCACCGACGAAUAGCUCAACAAUGUGAUCAAUGUAAAGAACGUUUCAUUUGGCCAAACAAUUUACAGAAACACAAAGAAAUACAGAGACAUAUGACCAAGAGCGAUGUUCAGCUUCAUUACUGUCUGCUGUGCCCCAAAACAUUUUUUACUGUUGAAGAUGUGAAGCUACAUUUAAAUCGCCAUCGUUUAACUGAAGCCGAUCUCAAAACUGUUGAAAGUAUAGUAAAUUCCACCUGGUGGCCAAAUGGUAAGAAAGCCAUUAAAUGCAAAAUAUGUGAUCAAAAUUUUGAAACUAUGGCCGAUUUAAGAGAACAUUUUUCUCCAAACAAUUCUCAAAAUUCCUGUGCCAAUGAGCAUUCUUUGGAAAAUUAUUCGAUUACAAAUCAAAAAGGUUUCGAAUUGCAUUUAGAACUGGAUUCUGAAACAGAAGCUGAAGUUGAACAGGAAGCGCAGGUCGAUGAAACGAUUUUAUAUCCCUAUAAAUGUUCCAUGUGUUCAAAAUCGUUCAAGCGAAAAUAUCAAAUAGCUCAACAUCAACGUUCUAUACAUAAUUAUGAAUUGCUGCAGUUGAAAUGUGAACGUUGUAUUUUUAAAACAGUGUCAGAGAAAGUUUUAGAUUGCCAUAAAGCAACGCAAUGCUUCAAUGCUGAAAAACAAUACGAAUGUGAGCUGUGUCAUUUUAAAUUCAUGUGGCAAGAGAAUCUCGAUAAUCAUAUGGCAAUAUUUCAUUCUCCAAAAGAUUCAAUAAAAGCAACAAAUGUUACAAUAUCGAAUGAAUUUGUGCCAAUACACAACAAUGAUUUAGAGUCGGUAUCCCACAAGGACAAUUCAAACGCUGGCAGCAAGCAACACACAGCCAAAAAAGAAAGUGACUUUUUAUGUACAAUUUGUGGGGCGACCUAUGUAAAUAGCACUGGUCUUAAAGUACACAUAAUGCGGCACAAUGGUGAGAAACCUUUCAAAUGUGAUCUUUGCAAAAAGGCCUUUCCACGCAAAGCCGAUCUACAGGACCAUCAACGCACACACACUGGAGAACGUCGUUUCAAAUGUAACUAUUGCGAGAAAAAAUUUUGGCGAAACAGCAAAUUAAAAGAACACGAGCGUGUACACACCGGCGAACGUCCUUUUCAGUGCACACUUUGUCCAAAAGCAUUUAUUAGAUCAGAAUAUUUGAAGCUACAUUUACGUGGUCACACUGGUGAAAAACCCUUUGCGUGUGACAUUUGCAAUAAACGUUUUGUAUCUCUUAGUUAUCUGAAUAGUCAUCGUACAGCUAUGGGCCACAAUGAACUAUUUUCAACGCCCGGUAUCACUCCUAGCGCAAAUCCAACCACCGAACCUUCCAGUUCUAAGACGGACAAAAAAUUAUGUCCCUUUUGUGGGAUUUACUUGUCGUCUAAGACAAGUCUUACGUUACACAUGCGAACGCACACUGGUGAGAAGCCCUUCAAGUGUGAUUUUUGCGAAAUGGGCUUUACACGUAAAACUGAUUUGACUUAUCACCGCCGCACACACACCGGCGAACGUCCCUAUAAAUGUUCGCAAUGCGAUAGAGCAUUUACGCAAAGAACAAAAUUAUCUGCACACAUGCGUAUACAUACCGGCGAACGUCCUUACGAAUGCAAUAUUUGUCAGAAAAAAUUUAGAAAAUCCGAUUUUUUGAGACUUCAUAUGCGUAAUCAUACUGGCGAAAAUCUUCAUCGAUGUGAUAUUUGCGGUAAAGCUUUUGUUUUGCGAUGCUAUCUGAAACGGCAUCAAAUUGCAAUGAAACAUCACCCACAAGAAGAUUAUGAAUGUUUUAUAAAUGGUAUACAAUAUAAGUGUCGUACUUGUUUCGAUCCAGGACAAAUUAUCUACUCCCUUAGGGAUGAAGCCAACAACGCGAAAACUUGGCGUGAAUUGUUAAAGGAUAUUGCUCCGCCACAGCCAUAUGACGAGAAUUUACUUCCAAAUACAAUGUGCUGUUUAUGCUCGGAAAAACUUCAAACCACCUACGAUUUCAUACGUCAGAUUCAAAAUGUAAAUGAGAAAUAUUCAAAAUUAUUGGAAGGUUGUAAUGGACUUUAUAACUCUACUGAUUGUUUGGAAGAAUCAACAAUUGAUAUGCCAAUGAAAGAGCUUUUGCCGGAAAUUAAACUAGAGGAAGAAUUAAAUCCUUAUGAUGUCGUUUUAACUAGCACCGACCAGUUAGAUGAAGUACCAGCAACUAUAUUUAAAAACGAAGACACUGAUGAUGAUGAUGAUGAUCCCUUUACGGAAACUUACAAUGAUGAUGCCGCAUCAACAUCUGACUUAUUGGAAACAAGUGAAGUAAAAUCGGAAGACAGUCCAACAAAAGCGAAAGCAAAAGUUAAACAAUCAGAAGAUGAAGAUGAUGAGGAUGAUUAUGAUGAUGAAGAAGACGACGAACCACUUUCCAAUCGUAAAGUUUUAACUAGAAAAGCUAAACAACAACCAAAGGAAAUUGACAAAAAUACAUUAAACACUGACGCGACACAAAAAACUGAAAAACGUGAAGUCGACGAAUCGUUGCCAUUUGCCUGCGAUUUGUGUACGAAAGCAUAUUCUACCAAGUCUAAAUUAAAAAGACAUCUACAAAGAGUACAUCCCUCAGAUGAUGCAGCAGGACCUCUGGUUUGCGAAACAUGUUCGAAAACAUUUAUUACUGUUUACAAAUUAAAAAGACAUCAACAGCGUGUACAUCCAACAAUAUAUAAAACAAAUCCCAGACCAAAAAUUAAUUUGGAUAUAAAAGGACCCGUUGAUUGUGAAUUAUGUGCGAAAACGUAUGAUAAUAUACAGAAAUUUAAAAGGCAUCAAAAACGAAUACAUCCAGAAGAAUAUAAAAAUGAGCCGAUUGUUUGCGAUAAAUGUUCAAAGGAAUUUGAGAAUAUGUACAAGUUUAGAAGACACCACCAAAGAGUACAUCCAAUACCGAAUCAAGAGACCCACAAAUGUCCGCUAUGCUCAAAAGAAUUUAAAAAUAAAUUCUAUGUUUCUGAACACAUAAAAGUCGUACACGAAAAAUUAAAGCCCUAUAAUUGUUCGCAUUGCCCUAAAACGUUUGCAUCGGGCCAUUCCAAACGUAUUCAUGAACUUUCACACACUGACAUUUUCCCCUAUGAGUGCGAAUGGUGCGAUAAGCGUUUCCGUCUACCCAGUAAAUUGAAGAUUCACUCAGAAAUCCAUACAACCAAACCAGAACUCUUAUGCCCCAUCUGUCAUAGAAGCCAAAAGUCUAUAAAAGAUUUGGAAGAUCAUGUAAAAUCUCACGACGAUAAUCGUUUACAGUGUCCUUCUUGCGGUCACUUGUUCAGAAGAAGUUCCCAACUUAAAGAUCAUUAUAAUGCAGUUCAUUUGAAAUUGCGUCCAUACAAAUGUGAAUUUUGUGAAUUAGGUUUCGGUGACCGUAAAACACGACGUAUGCACGAAAGAAAAUAUCAUCCGAAAGAGCGUCCGCCACCACCGCCAAAGACAAUCUUAAGUGAACAUUUUGAAGAUUACCAAAAUGACUAUGAUUACGCAAAUGUGUCCAGCAACGUGUCAUUUAGUGAAAGUAAUUACAAUCCUUUGAACGAGAUGGAGAAAAACAGCAGUGAUAAUGAUGAAAGACAUCAAGAGAGCGAAGAAACCACAAUAAAAAAGUUCUUAGAUAAUGAUAAAAUCGAAAUUAUCAACCAUGGCUUCCUAUGUCGCAUAUGUCAGAAAACAUUUACCUUACUGAGAAAUUGUCGAAGACAUAUAAAAACUCUACAUCCUCAGCAGAUCUUUUACAUUUGCUCAUUUUGUGGACAGAAUUUAAAGUGUGAAGACAAAUUAAAAAAGCACAUUGUGCGUUCACAUUCUGGCGAUAAUUAUAAAAUGACAUAUUUUCCUUGCAAAUUAUGUGGACAAUAUUACAUGAGUGAAGACAAUUUACAAAAGCAUAUUACACGCUUACACUCUGUCAAACGUAUUAAAUCGACCUGGUCAACUAUUAAAAAUGUAGAACACAUAUUUGCCAAACGUUUAUACAGCAAGCCGACCGCUAGACUUCAUGUGGAAUGUAAAUUGUGUUCUGAAACAUUUCAAACAAGUAAAGAUCUACGCCACCACUUGGAGAGCCACAGCGUUAUAGACACUCUCCAAGAUUUGGAAUUAAGCGAUAGUAUUGUCCAACAUUUCUUUCCAAAUAUGAAUGAUUUAAACGUCGUUAAACAAACAAUAUGUAAUGAUAUUCGUAAGAAAGAUUGGUUUAAAUAUUACACAGUGCUAAAUGAACAUUUUUAUGAAAUGUCCCUAAGUGACACUGAGGUAGAGGAUCUAGAAGGAGAAGAACAAAUUGCAGAACGAGCCGGUAAAUACAAGUGUUCUAUGUGUGCUUUAUGCGACUUUUCGUAUAAAUACGAAGUAUUCCAGCAUUUAAAAAACUUUCAUUACAAGAAUGAAAUUGCUUUAAAAUGUGACAAGUGUAAUUUGCCAUUCAUAUCCAUCAAAAUGUUUACACAACACACACAAACUCAUUGCCAUAACAAAUAUAAAGAUUUACUCUGUGCUCGUUGUCCAGCCAAAUUUGUUUGGCCAGAAAACAUAAAAAAUCACAACUGCUGUGUCAACAGCAAUAAGAAGCUGCCUGUUCAUAGAUUUACAAAACCUAUAAUACGUUGUGGUCUUUGUCCUGAAUCCUUUAAGAAACUUCCACAUUUACGCGAACACAUGCCAUUACAUGCCGAUGGUAAAACUGGUAUUGAUUUCGAAAACUGUAUUUAUGUAAGAAAUUUCUACCCAUCGAUAACAAUUGAUAAAGCAUUACUGGAACAAGAGAUACAAAAUGCCUAUACUAAAUCUCAAAUUAGUUGUUUUUAUCAAGUCAUAGAUAAGUAUGGCAAUGAACUAGACAUGUCCGAUUCAGAUUCAGAUACUAAUACGGAAGGAAAGGAAUACGUGUGUGAACUCUGCAAAGAAAUGUUCGAAAGACGACAGCUUUUAUUAAAACAUCAACUAGAACUACACAAUGAUCUGACGCUACCUUUUGUGUGUAAGGACUGCAAACAGCAAUUUGUUAGUCAUGAUUUAUUGCAACAACAUUUAAAAAGGGUUUGUUGGAAUGAACACCGACGCAUAGCUCAACAAUGUGAGCAUUGUAAUAAUCGUUUUAUAUGGCCAAAUAAUCUGCAGAUACAUAGAGAAAUACAGCAUUCUAUGGUCCAGGUUAUCAAACAACAUUCUGACGCAAAUGAACUUCAUUAUUGUCUCUUGUGUCCUCAAACAUUCAAGAGUAUUGAUGACCUGCACGAUCACUUGAGUGACCAUCAUUUAACACCCGUUGAUGUCAAGACAGCUGAAAGUAUAUUACAUUCCACGUGGUGGCCAAACGGUGAAAAAAGAAUAAUGUGUAAGAAAUGUGGGCUGUUAUUUCCCUCUAUGGUGAGUUUAAGAGAGCAUUUUUCGCCCAAUAAUCCCAAUAAUUUAUGUGGGAAUCAACAUCUAUUGGCAAAUUAUUCAAUUACCAAUCAAAAAGGAUUCGAGUUGCACCUGAACCUGGAUUCCGAAACAGACGAAGAAGAUGAUUUGGAGGUAACACAUAGAAAAAUGCCACCACCCUAUAAAUGUAGCAUUUGCAGUAUGUCGUUUAAGCGAAAGCAUCAACUGACCCAACAUCAGCGAUCCACGCACAAUUAUGAAUCGCUGGAGCUAAAAUGCGAUCGUUGUAUAUUUAGAACUGCCUCAAAGAAAAUCUUAGAUUAUCAUAAAGUCAUGCAGUGUUUUAAUAUUGAAAAACAAUAUAAAUGUAACCAGUGUAACUUUAAAUUUAUGUGGCAAGAGAAUCUUGAGAAUCAUAUAAAAUUGAUUCACACAUCCAACAAUGUGGCCAAAACAAUCGUCGGCCAGUCAGAGUCGGUAACUAACAAUGAUUUACAAUCAACGUCGCACGACAAUAAAUCUUUCCAGUGUGAUCAAUGCGAAAUGGUCUUUGCACGAAAUUCCGACUUACAAGAACAUCUGCAAUUGCACAGUGCCGAACAUCCGUACAAAUGUACAUUUUGCAAAGAAUCAUUUAAGCAUAGAGAAGUUUUAAUUAUUCACAUCAGAAGUCACGCAGUCCAGCGUCGUUACCAGUGCGAAUUUGAGGAUUGUACGGAAGAAUUUCCGAGCUCGCUCGAUUUAGAACUACAUACGCAAAUUCAUACGAGAGAUAAACCCACACCAAGUGCAAAUGGAAAAUGGAAAUGUCCCUACUGUGGUAUUUUCUUAGCGUCGAAUGGAGGUCUUACAAUACACGUAAGACUUCACACCGGAGAAAGACCCUACAAGUGCGAUUUUUGUGAAAAGGGCUUUACUCGUAGAAGUGAUUUAACUGAACAUAUACGCAAACACACUGACGAACGUCCCUACAAAUGCACGCAUUGUGAUAAAGCCUUUUCAAAGAGGCAACGUUUAAAUGAACACAACCUCGUUCAUACGGGCGAACGUCCUCACCUGUGUCCGUUUUUAAAUUGUAUAAAGAAUUGUAAAAUGUCCAGGGAUAAUAAAAAAGAAUGUUUAAUAAAUGGAAUUAGCUACAAAUGUCGAACUUGCUUUGAUCCAGGACGUACAGUAUGCUCACUCUCAGACGAUGCUUUCAAUGAAAAAACUUGGCGAGAUUUGUUAAAGGAUAUUAGUCAGACAGAGACAAACGAAGAAGAUUUACUUCCAAAAUUUUUGUGCUGCAAAUGCUCUGGAAAACUUAAAAGUUCCUAUGAAUUUAUCCUUCAGAUUCAUAAUGUAAAUAAAAAAUACUCCCAAUUAUUAGCGAAUCGUAAUGAUCCACUCCAAGAGAUUGAUAAUUUUACUGACUGUUUGGCGGAAUCAACUAUUGAUUUGCCACUGGAGCCAUAUAUGCCAGAAGUUAAGCUAGAAGAAGAUUUCGUUGAUCCAUAUAAUACAAGUUUAAGAAACAAAUUACCAGCCAGUGAAGCAAAAUUUGAAAUUGAAGGCGCUCAUGACACCUUGAAGGAAACUGAUGAAUUCAACUUAGCUUCAAAGUAUUUAGAAGAGCAUAAAAGGCAUCAUAGUAUAGAUGAUGAGUACAACGACAAUGGUGACAGAAAUGGAACCAGCUCGUCUUCGUCUGAUGAAAGUGAUUAUGUGCCUUUAAAAAAAUUAAAAAAGGAAAAAGUCAAUAACUUCAACUCCACCAGUGAACCGGUUAAACAGAGAAAAGGUCGAAAAGCCCCAGAGUAUUAUGAUAAAAUCGAAAAAGUCAAUGACCGUUUCGUCUGUCUCAUUUGUCAAAAGACUUUUUCCUUGCGAAAAGAUUGUGGCCGACAUAUAGCUUCAAUACACUUGCGACAAAUAAUGUUUCCUUGCGAAUUUUGCGGGCAAAGUUUUAGUCGCAAGGAUAAAAUACAACAUCACAUUAAGCGCAUGCAUAUGGACGGAGUGGUGUAUCCGACUAAACACAGAGAAUGGUUAUUUGGUGAUCGUUUAUAUAGCAAACCUAUUGCUUGGCAUCUCGUUGAGUGUAAAUUGUGUGACACCACAUUUAAAACAACUAAAGAACUUCGGCAGCAUUUAGAAAACCAUAGUGAUAUAGAUACUCUUCAUAGCUUAGAAUUAAGCGAUAAGACUGUCCAGCAUUUAUUUCCAAAUAUGAUUGAUUUAGGUAUCGUAAAGGAGAGCAUAUGCAAAGACAUUCGAGAGAAAAAUUGGUUCAAGUAUUACACGGUGUUAAAUGAACAUUCCUAUGAAAUGUCAGUUAGUGACACUGAACCAGAAGAUUUGAAUGAUGCUGCAGAAAAUCAUUCCACUAAAUACAAGUGCAAUUUAUGCUCUAAGGAGUUUUUAUUUAAAUACGAAGUUUUCUCUCAUUUAAAAGAAAUGCACGGCAAUGAUGAAAUUCCUUUGAAAUGUGGCUUAUGCAAAUUGGAGUUUAUUUCAAUAAAAAUGUAUGAACAACAUUCUCAAACCCACUGCCGUAAUAGAAAUAAGGUUUUGCUUUGUGCUCAGUGCCCGGCCAAAUUUAUUUGGCCUGAAAAUAUGAAGCAUCACAAUUGUGCCAUGAAAGCACUAGCGACUCCACCGGUUGCCACAAAAGACUUACUAGUAUGUAAUAUUUGUGAUCGUAAAUAUGAAGUAAAGUCUAAAUACGAAAAGCAUUUAGAGACACAUAAAGACGGCAGGAUGGUAUCUGCGAAAACUAUAAUUCGUUGUGGUCUUUGUGCACAUACCUUCGUUAAGUUACGUCAAUUGCGCAGACAUAUGCCUUUGCAUGCCGAUGGCAAAACAGGUAUUGAUUUUAAGGGCAGUAUUUAUAUAAAACGCUUUGAACGUUCGAAAUCGAUUGAUUAUGCACUACUUCAGCAAGAGAUACAAAAUGCCUACAGCAAAUCUCAAAUUAGUCGUUUCUACCGAGCGAUCGAUAAGGACGGGAAUGAAUUGGACAUUUUAGAUUCGGACAGUGAUACAGAAGAGUCAGACGUUGAAAAUGUUAAAAAAGAAUAUACAUGUGAACUUUGUAAAGAAAUAUUUAAGAAACGAAAACUUCUGCUUAUGCAUCAACAAGAACACCACAAUGAUGUGCCAUUGCCCUUUACUUGUAAGGAUUGUACGCAGCAAUAUGUUAGUAAUGAUUUGUUACAACAACAUUUAAUGAGGGAUUGCUGGAAUGAACAUCGUCGAAUUGCUCAGCAAUGUGAUUAUUGUAAUGCCCGUUUCAUAUGGCCCAAUAAUCUCUUGAAGCAUAGAGAAAUUCAGCAUAAAAAUCAAAAACAACCAAAACCUCAAAGAGCCAGCACUCUCAAAUGUGAAUACUGCGAUAAAGCAUUUAUAUGGCCCAAGGAUUUAGUACGUCACAGAAAGACUCACACCGAUGGAAAAAAAUUUACCUGUCCGCACUGCGAUCGCAAAUUUCACCGCAAGGACAAUUUGCUGGCUCACAUAAGAAUUCAUUGCCCGGAAGGUAUUCCAACUAUCGCAAAUCCUGGAAAAGGUAUCGACUACAUACUGCCUCAUUUGAUAAAACCUCAUGGUUGUAAACGCAUCAAAUGUAUGAUCUGCUUUUCCGAACACAACCGCAUACGAGAUCUAAGAUCGCACAUACGAACACAUCGAUAUUCCGUUAAUUUCGAUAAAAGGAAAGAAACUGAAACAUUUGAUGUUAUUUCAUCUCAGCUCUAUCCCGAUGAAGCGGAUACAUUGACAGAAGAGGAACUAGUGAAACGAAUUGGUUUUGAUAUUGCUUCAGAAAAUAACUUGGAACGUUUUUAUUCUAUAACAAGUGAAAACGGUUGUGAAGUAAGUUUGGAUAGUUCUGAAACGGAAAGCGAUUCUGAUGGUGAUGAAAACGAAGAAGAUGAUGAGAAGCCAAAACGUAUUUACAAAUGUGACUUGUGUCCUCAAUUGAGUUUUAAUCGUAAAUAUAAAAUUUUCGAGCAUCAGAAUAAAGAACAUAAGUGGGAGGAAGCCCGCCAUAUUUGCGGACAUUGUAAUGGGCGAUUUCUUUCAUCAUAUAUGCUGCAAUUGCACUAUAAAAAUCAAUGUAAAAAUUCCAAAAAACGUCACUUUUGUCGUCGUUGUCCCUUGCGUUUCAUGUGGAAAAGUAAUAUGAAGGCUCAUAUUGUAAUGGAACAUGGACAAGAGAUCGAUUUAAAUCGACGACAUGAAUGUUUUCUGUGUCAUGAAAAGUUCUCUAUUCAAAAAGAACUUAAACGCCACUUGAUUGCACAACAUUCCGCUGAUGCUGCAGUUCAUUAUUGUCUGCUGUGCCCGAAAACAUUCUUUAGUAUUGAACAUCUCAAUGAACAUUUGAGCCGUCAUCGUUUGACCACUUCCGAUGUUAAGUCUGUUGAAAGUAUAAUCCAUUCCACUUGUUGGCCAAAUGGUGAAAAAACAAUUAAAUGUAAAAUAUGUGGCCUAAUAUUUGAAAAUAUGGCGAACCUACGAGAACAUUUUUCAGCUAGAAAUCCCCAAAAUUUAUGUGCCACUGAACAUUCCCUAUCAAAUUACUCAAUUACAAAUCAAAAGGGAUUCGAAUUGCACUUAGAACUGGAUUCUGAAACUGAAGUAGAAGAUGAAGUGGAAGUGGGCCACAGUAAAGACACCAAGAAUAUAGUUUACCCCUAUAAUUGUUGCAUGUGCAGUAUGUCGUUUAAACGAAAAUAUCAAAUAGCUCAACAUCAGCGUUCUAUGCAUAAUUAUGAGCUUCUGGAAUUAAAAUGUGAACAUUGUAUUUUUCGAACAGUAUCUCAGAAAGUUUUAGAUUAUCAUCAAGCCACGCAAUGUUUUAACGUAGAAAAACAGUAUGUAUGUGAGCAGUGUAAUUUCAAAUUCAUGUGGCAAGAAAAUCUUGAAAACCAUAUUACCAUUUUUCAUACUUCUAAUGAUUUGAGCAAACCACCGGAGGCUGCUAAGAUGGUAACUUCCACAGAGCCCAUACCAACCAACAACAAAAGCGAUAAAAAUAUAUUCGAAUGUAUGGACUGCCACCGAAGGUACAACCGAAAAGAUCGUUAUAAGGCACAUUUCAAAAAAUUUCACAACGAUUUGCCACUUACCUCAGCCACUAUUUCAAAAUCAAAAGUUCGCAAACAUUCUACAGCAAAAACGGAAAAGAAAUUUUUAUGUGCUUUUUGUGGCCUUUCAUUUUCCAACAAUUCAAAUCUUACGGUGCACAUGAGAAGACACACAGGUGAAAAGCCAUUCAAAUGUGAUCUUUGUGAAAUGGCCUUCCCACGUACAUCGGAUUUACAGGCUCAUAAACGCACACAUACUGGAGAACGUCCCUUCAAAUGUUUGUUUUGCGAGAAAUCAUUUUCUCGACAAUACAAAUUAACUGUUCACAACCGCAUUCAUACGGGCGAGCGUCCCUAUGAGUGCACGUUUUGCCAGAAAACAUUUAUUCAAUCGAACGACUUAACUCUACAUUUGCGUCGCCACACGGGCGAAAGACCCUAUAUGUGUGACAUUUGUGGAGAAGGCUUUAUAUGCGCCACAUCGCUGAAGCAGCAUCGCAACUCGAAAGGUCAUCAGGAAGAUAAAAUUGACUUGAAAACUUGCGUGCAACAAAUGACUCAAUUCGAUAUGAAGUUCUAAGUGAUUCAGUAGAUGGGAUUUCUCUGGUCAUACUAUAUAUUUUUCUCGAAAUAUAUAAAAAUAAAUAGAUUAUAAUUAUUUUUUAAGUUGUAUUGUUUAGUGUGUUUGUACUUGUGUGGAACACAUCAUAAUAUUUUAAUAAAUUUAGAAAAUAUUAAGA